ACGCUGAUCAGCUCGAAGAAUCGAAAGGCAAGAGUAGAGUUCGCUUGCCGCCACCUGCACUGGACUUCAAUCGAGUCGAGCAAGGACCUCUUUACCGAUGAGAGCAAGUUCAACCUCUGGGUCGGAUGGUAUCAAGCAUGUGAGACGUCCUGCUGGUGGGAGAUACAAUUCGAAAUACACCACACCCUCUGUUAAGCACUGCGGUGGGUCGUUUAUGGACCUAUUACGAAAAGCGAAUCCUUGUACCAGUGCCAAAAACUGGCCUAUAUCCGAAGAAGCUUGUGUACAAAUUUGGUCCUGGUGCACAAGGAUGGGACACCAUCAAAAAAGAAGUUCUGUGAGUGUGCCUGGUUUUUCACCAACAUACCCUGAUUUCUGCCUAUGUCGAGAGGUUUGA